UUGCGGGUGCCAACAGUGGGGCGGCUUCACCGUUAACACUUCCCAUUCCAUUUCCCGUACUAUUCCUUUCUCUAGAUUCCAUGCGAUCGAUGACCUAGGGUUCCAAAAUAUCCCCCCAGGCUCUAGAUUUCGGUGUCGCCGUGGAGAAAACCCUCAACCAUCCUCUCCCCCCAACUUGCUUCCGACGAAUUGAGAGAUUCGUCUUGUUUCGAUCGUGGGAUCCCGACUGCCUUUCCCCUCUCUCUCUGAAUCUAACGUGUGUCUUGCUGUUUUUCUCGUUUAAACUAUUUAUCGAUCCAAAGUCUUGUAUUUGGUGGUCUCUUUGUGAUUCCAAGGUCGUCUGUUCCAUAGCAAAAGCUUGAGGGAGACGCCAUGAAUUCCGAAGUGUGCGAGCUUAAGGAACUGGAGGUGGAGCACUUUGAGAUCCGAGAAGUCUUGCGCUGUAUUCUGCACACUAUUAUAUUUCACAGGGCAUUAGGUCUCAUUCGGCCAAAAGCCAUUGACUGCGAACUUUUUGAAAUCACUUAUGUGCAAUGUGGAGAUGCUGAAGUAGAGAAGAAAAUUGAGGAAAAGAUUGAUGAGUUCAUUAAUAAAGUGGAGAAACAUCCAAACAGGAAGAGCCAGAUAUGUCUAUCUUUCUAUGAGAUCAAGAACAAGCAGUCUACAUGGUUCGGUAACAACAAAGUUGAGCGUUUAUAUUGGGAGCAUUGGUAUAUUUAUUUGCAUGUGAUUAAUCCCAAAGCACAUGGCAAGUCUCAUCACAAUAAAGCAACCACAGAUCUUGGAGGAGAAGCUUUGGAACAGAGCACCUCACGACAUGCUGCACUGGAGUCAUCAAUCCGUGAAGUCUUGUUUCAGAUAAUAAGAUUUGUCAAUGAGAAGAAGGAUCACUUACCUUCGAUACCAAAUCAUGAGGGUAUAUCAUUUCCAUAUGAAAUCACAAUUCUGAGUUCAUCAGAUUCUUCCUUUGGGUGGCACACUGAUGUGCUCAAGAGGAUGUUACAGACCGGGCAUCCAACCAUGAUCAGCUGACCAUAUAUGUGAUUUUAUGGAAUACAGUUGACAUUGUCUGGGCUCAGGUCUCACAAAGGGAAGUUUGGCGUCUAAGAAAUGCUUCUCAAUACUUUUGUACAGUCGUUUGAGUUUUAGUCUUGUAUAUAUUGGACAUAAUAUAUGAAAUAAAUGAACUAUGAAUGCAAAGCAAUUGCAGACAUGUUCAUGAGUGAUAACUUUCAGCAAUAUCUUACAUAAUAUAUUUACCAAAAAAACCUUUGUAACUGAGUUGGUUGCAGUAUAUUUUACUCAGCAUCUGUUGGCAUGAUGAAA